AAUCCAAUUUGCAUUCAUGCUCCGCUCCCACCUUCAUGAAUGACAAAGGCGGAAUUGGUAAUAGUCUUCUCCCUCUCCUCUUCCGAUCCGACAUUCACUCAAGCUCAACCCGGAAUGCAAACCUUGAUACCCCACAAUUGAUCUAAUACACCAAUAAAAAGGCCCAAGCUCAGAAACGGUUAGCGUAUUAAAUGACUUUUCGGAUAUAAAGGCGUUAAGAAUGAAAGUGAUCAUUCAUUCCACUUCAACAUGUUGCCUCUCUCAUCAAUACCAACAACCACCUUCAAACCACUCUCAUCAUGGCGGCAACUGCAAUCCCUUGUGUGAUUCACAACAAACACUUCCCUACUCCAACCACAUUCGAUGUUGUAGAUCCUGCUGAUCGGAAAACAGUGUUACAUGCAGUCUCUGCAUUCACUGCAAAUUCAGUCGAUGAAUUGGUAAAAUCAUCUCGUCAAGGUUUUGCAGUUUGGCGUGAUACGCCUUUUGCUGAACGUAGAAAGAUUUUCUUUCGUGUUCAACAAUUAUUCAACGAACGUAUGGGAGAAUUGAUUCAAUGUGAAGCAAAAGAAACAACUGCAGGAGCAGGAUUUGCCGGUUACGAAGUUGGCGUUUUGACUGCUGCUUCUUUGGAAGAAAGUUUAGCAUCAAUGAGCACUGCUUUACGUGGUGAUAUGGCACCUUUGGAUCCAAGCGGUAAACGAAUGUGUGUUGUUCGUGAACCUAUCGGACCAACACUUUCAAUGGUGCCUUGGAACGCUCCUUCAACACUUUGUAUGCGUGCAAUCAUUAACCCUUUGGCUGCCGGUUGUUCUGUCAUUCUUAAAACGUCAGAAUUCAGUCCAAAAACACAAUCAUUCAUUGCACAAAUGUUCCUCGAUGCAGGAUUACCUGAAGGUGUUCUCAAUGUCAUUCAUGUUUCCACUCAAGAUUCUCCACAUGUCAUCAAAGCCAUCAUCGAACAUGAAGGCGUACGCAAAGUCAAUUUUACAGGAUCAACCCGUGUUGGUCGUAUUAUUGCACAAAUCUGUGCAGCCAAUCUUAAACCUGUUGUGCUGGAAUUGGGCGGAAAGGCACCUGUUAUUGUGACGGAAGAUGCAGAUAUUCAAUUGGCUGCGAAUAAUAUCAUCUUUGGCGGUUUGAUGAAUCAAGGUCAAAUUUGUAUGUCAAGUGCCAGUGUUUUGGUUCACAAGAAUGUUAAACAAGAACUUGCAAAAGCAUUGUCUGCAAUUUUACAACAAAAUCAAGCUCUUCUUCAAGCAGGUGCUCAACCUAAUUCUCCAAUGUCACCAGAUGUGAAAGAUCAUCGUUUGCGUGGAUUAUUUACUACUGCAUCUGCCAAUCGUGCAAAAGAGGUAUACGAUGAUGCAAUCAAAGCAGGUGCUAAACCAGUCGCAGGUCAAGCAGGAUUUGACGCAUCUCUUGGUUUAGUUCAACCUGUAUUUUUGGAGGCUACCACAUCUAUGCGUUUAUACAGCGAAGAAAUCUUUGCACCAAUUUUAGGAAUGUAUGAAUUCAGCACUGAUGAAGAAGCGAUCAAGAUGGCAAACGAACCUGGAGCAGGUUUAUCGGCAAGUAUUUUCAGUAAAAAUGAAACGAAAGCAUGGCAAAUUGCACGUGGAAUUGAAAGUGGAGCGGUUCAUAUUAAUGGAAUGACUGUUCAUGAUGAUCAAAGUGUUCCGCAUGGAGGUGUUAAAACGUCAGGAAUUGGUCGUUUUAAUGGUGUUGAAGGUAUUCGUGAAUAUACAUAUCAAAAGACUAUCACAAUCACUCCAGGUAUUCAAUACCCUUUCUUUGCCUUGUAAAUACAUAGGCCUUUUUUCUUAUUUUAUUCCGGUUGAAUGAGUCCCGUUGUUUCCGAUAUGAAUCGGAAAGUGUUUUAUAUAAACAAAGACGGCACCGUCAGCCUUCUAUUGAUGGCAAGUUCUAAAAGCAAAGCGGACCUUAUUAAAACGGGGGAUUGUAAGACUGACC